AAUGAUCAUCUGAAGAGGGGGGAAAGGACCGCAGCUCGCCUGGGAGUGUCCAACACCGGCGAUAAGAACAAUGGGAGAGAUGGCUGAGCGGAUUUUCGAUUAAUAAAUGGGAAACACAAGAAGGUUAAUGUAACACAGUGUUUGCUGGAAGGAGGGACUCCCGGCUGCAGCGUCCCCCCUCUUUAGCCAUGCCGCUUGUAUUCCGCACGCUGUUGUUCGGCUUUGUAACCCUGCUGGUUGUGGUUUUGAUAAUUGAUGAUAUUGCAGAAGUGGAGGAAGAAACUGCAAAUACUGGACAUUCAAAGAAGAUGACCUUGCACAGACUCAUCCCUAAGCCACACAGAAAGGCUGCAGCACACGUGGAUCCGACUGCUUUGACAAGACUGAGCAAAAAUGUGAAUCCUCUGGAACAGAGCUACAACACCACUGUCAAGCUCUCGUCGAACAACUGGAAUUUCAACAAGACCCUCUCCAAUCUCAUCAGGAAGAACAUUCUGAGAUUUCUCGAUCCGGAAAGAGACAUUUCUAUUUUGAAAGGCACACUGAAACCAGGAGACAUCAUCCACUAUGUGUUUGAUCGCCACAGCACCACAAACAUCUCAGAAAAUCUCUACCGUCUUUUGCCAACUGUAUCCCCAAUGAAGAACCAACAUCACAAGCGCUGUGCCAUCGUAGGGAACUCUGGGAUCCUGCUGAACAGCAGCUGUGGACCCGACAUCGACUCUCACGACUUUGUUAUCAGGUGUAACCUGGCUCCGGUGGAGGAGUACUCUCGGGACGUGGGCUGGCGGACCAACUUGGUGACCAUGAACCCUUCAGUGGUGCAGCGGGCCUUCCAGGACCUGAUCAGCGAAGAGUGGAGGGAUCGCUUCCUGCAGCGGCUGCAGAGCCUCAGCGGGAGCGUGCUGUGGAUCCCGGCGUUCAUGGCCAAGGGGGGAGAGGAGCGGGUGGAGUGGGCCCUCCGACUCAUCCUGUUGCACACUGUGGACGUGCGCACCGCCUUCCCCUCGCUGCGCCUUCUCCACGCUGUCAGAGGAUACUGGCUCACUAAUAACGUCCACAUCAAGCGCCCGACCACUGGCCUCCUCAUGUACACGAUGGCCACUCGCUUCUGUGAAGAGAUCCACCUUUACGGCUUCUGGCCCUUCCCGCUCGACCCUCAGGGCAAACCAGUCAAAUACCACUACUACGACACUCUAAAGUACGAGUACACGUCCAGCUCCAGCCCUCACACCAUGCCUUUGGAGUUCAGGACCCUGAGCGCACUGCACAGACAGGGGGCACUCCAGCUCCACACUGGGACCUGCGAUGCAGAGAGGAGACCGCAGAAGGAGCUCCAGAGCAAGUAGCUUAAUGAAAACCACUCUGAGCAGACUUUGAACAAACACUUUUCUUUUUACCGUACUUUUCCGAAACUUGAAUUAACUUAUUUUCUGUAACUGGAAUGAACUUUUUUCUAUUACAAGCUCUUUUAGUGACUUGU